AGGGAAUCUCUGCAAAUCCAGCACGGGUAUUUAAAGUUUAUUUUCAAGUUUUUUAACGAUAUGAUUUCAUUAAAAAGCAAAUUUUUUUACCAUAGUUACACACUGUGUGUGUUAGCUUUCAAAACUCCCGUGAGAAAACAAAUUCUCAACAUGAAACGUCACGCGUUUAUACCAUGUUGCCGAUAUGCAGGUCAAGCCUCGCAAGAAAUUUUCAGUGGAAAAAUAGAUAUUUUCAAAGGAAUCACUGUUGAUACUGCCACAUUAAAAUGCGAGAAGGACAAGUUCGAAAAGAUACUAGUAGAAUCAUUAAAGCAAUGGAACAUAGAAGGCAAAAGAUGUAUAUGGUUUAAAGUGAACAUUGGAGAUGCAUGCUACGUCCCAAUCCUAGCUAAAAAAGGCUUUAAUUUUCAUCAUGCUAGAGGAGACUUCGUCAUGAUGUACAAAUGGCUGCCAAAAGACGUUAAAGCCAAUUUGCCACCAUCGAGCUACACGAAUGUCGGUGUUGGAGCAAUGGUGUUCAAUAAGGAAGGAAAUCUACUGACGUUAUCAGAAAAGAGUUAUGACUAUGCUCAUUGGAAACUGCCUGGAGGAUAUGUUGAAAAAGGUGGCGCCGUCUUGCUGAAACCACAUGUUGUCCAGAUCCUUGCCGUCCAGUUGAGGCCACAAGAACUCCGUUAUCAUGUUCCUGUAACGAAUGCCGUUCACAGUCACUGCAAUUUCGGCGUCAUCUUCAAAAAAGUGAAGAUUUAAUAGACGCAGCUGUAAGAGAAGUAAAAGAAGAGACCGGUAUAGAAUCGGCCUUCGAAUCUUUAGUAACGUUUCGCCACACUCACGAAGGAAUGUUCGGCAACUCCGAUAUUUACGUACUUAUCAUGAUGAAAGCACUGUCC